AUGAAACAAGGAAAGUCAAGGAGGAACAGAGAAGAAUCUGCCUUGUGCAGUCAGCAUGUGCAGUCAGGGGGAGCCUGCACUCUGCAGCAAUCGCCUCGUGGCAGUCUGGACUCCUCUUUUACCAGCUGUGUGAUCCUGGUGAAAUAUGAGGAGCUAUACUGCUUUUCAUUCAAUCCCAAGCUGGAUAAAGAAGAAAGAGAGCAAGGCUGGAUGCUGAUCAAUCUUAGUGAAGAGUAUAAGCGAAUGGGCCUCCCCAACAAUUAUUGGCAGCUCAGCGAUGUGAAUAGAGACUACAGAGUUUGUGACUCCUACCCUACUGAACUGUAUGUUCCCAAAUCAGCCACGGCACACAUUAUUGUGGGGAGUUCCAAAUUCCGGAGUAGACGGCGAUUUCCUGCCCUUUCUUACUACUAUAAAGAUAACCACGCCUCCAUCUGCAGAAGCAGCCAACCUCUGUCUGGCUUCAGUGCCCGGUGCAUGGAGGAUGAACAGAUGCUCCAGGCCAUCAGGAAAGCCAAUCCAGGAAGUGACUUCAUUUACGUUGUGGACACUCGGCCUAAACUUAAUGCAAUGGCAAAUCGUGCUGCAGGGAAAGGCUAUGAGAAUGAAGACAAUUAUUCCAAUAUCAAGUUUCAGUUUGUCGGGAUAGAGAACAUCCAUGUCAUGCGGAACAGUCUGCAGAAAAUGCUGGAAGUGUGUGAACUUAAAUCUCCCUCCAUGAGUGAUUUUCUGUGGGGGCUGGAGAACUCGGGCUGGCUAAGGCACAUUAAAGCCAUUAUGGAUGCAGGAAUCUUCAUUGCAAAGGCAGUUUUGGAGGAAGGGGCUAGCGUGCUUGUUCACUGUUCUGAUGGCUGGGACAGGACUGCCCAAGUGUGCUCAGUGGCGAGCCUCCUUCUGGACCCGCACUACCGGACUCUGAAAGGCUUCAUGGUAUUAAUCGAAAAGGACUGGAUUUCCUUUGGCCAUAAGUUUAAUCAUAGAUACGGCAAUCUAGAUGGUGACCCGAAAGAAAUCUCUCCAGUGAUCGACCAAUUCAUUGAGUGUGUCUGGCAGUUAAUGGAACAAUUUCCUUGUGCCUUUGAGUUCAAUGAGAGGUUUUUGAUUCACAUUCAACAUCAUAUUUAUUCCUGCCAAUUUGGAAACUUCCUAUGUAACAGCCAAAAGGAGAGACGAGAACUCAAAACUCAAGAGAGAACAUACUCUUUAUGGUCUCAUCUGUGGAAGAAUCGGGCCGACUACCUGAACCCUCUGUUUAGAGCUGAUCACAGUCAGACCCAGGGAAGCCUCCAUCUCCCUACAGCUCCAUGCAACUUCAUGUAUAAGUUUUGGAGUGGAAUGUAUAACCGCUUUGAGAAGGGGAUGCAGCCUCGACAGUCUGUGACAGAUUACCUGAUGGCAGUAAAGGAGGAGUCACAGCAGCUGGAGGAGGAGCUGGAGGCCCUAGAAGAAAGACUGGAAAAGAUUCAGAAAGUGCAGUUAAAUGGCACUCAUGUGAAAAGUAAGCCCAGUGAACCCAGCAAAUACUCAGGGUUUUCUACCUCAGAUAACAGCACAGCCAACACUCCCCAGGACUACAGUGGGAACCUGAAAUCAUUUCCCUCCAGGAGCCCUUCGCAGGGCGAUGAAGAUUCUGCUCUGAUUCUAACCCAAGACAAUUUGAAAAGCUCAGAUCCAGAUCUGUCUGUGAACAGUGAUCAAGAAUCCGGGGUGGAGGAUCUGAGCUGUCGGUCUCCGAGUGGUGGUGAGCAUGCACCCAGUGAAGACAGCAGCAAGGACCGGGACUCUGAUGAAGCUGUGUUUCUCACUGCCUGAGGUUUCCCUUUGGAGUUCCAAAGUAAAGGACACAAAGAAAUACUUCCAAAAAUAAGGGGACAGUGCAAUUCAAAAUAAAAAUAACUCAAGAAGUGGACAUCACUGAGAAUUGUAACAUGCAACUAAGAAAAUGGUAAAAAAAAUGUCCAACUCUUAGUUUCUUUACAGAUACUGAAGAACAGGAAGUAGCCAUUUCUUUUAUCAAAUAUAAGAAUUGCUCACUGUUUUGAAAGUCAUUAUAGACUAUGAAAAUUAUAUUCACUAUAGAGCAAUUACUCUGUCAUCACUUGAGGUUAUCAAUAUAAAUCUUCCUUGCCAUAGCAUGCAUCUAUCAAUAAGUCCCUCUCCCGCUUCUCUCACAAUUGUUAUUGUUUAGGAGCACAGUUUUUGUUUUCUAAAACAUUUAACAUUACCUUCCCUUCUGACCUUUUGACCUAUAUUUCUAAAGACAAAGAGUAUUGUUGAGAAUAUACCUUUUUUGUUUUUUUGGCUAAUAGAUAUAGUCCUAAGGAGAUUUGAAACUUUUUAAGCUUAUCCUUCAGAUAUAACAACCACUUUAACUUCUCCUUAGGCAAAAUAUUUUGCAUUGUUAUAAUUUUGUUGUCUUUUUUUGGAACUGUCUCCUCACUUAAAAAAUGCUAAAAUUUGUAACUCACUUUCUCUCUGAUAUGAGCUUAAUACCUAAUAAAAUAGAAGCAACACUCACUCUCUGGGUCUUACAUAUGAAUCAGAUCAUGUUUGCUUUCUUGAUAACCUUUUAUUACUAUUUCAGAGACUACACUAUCAAGACCGUGUGACCCAACCACCAGCCUGAUCCCAAAGUAUAACACUAUAAAGUUAGUGGGAUAAAACGUCAGCAAGAAAAAAUCCCAGUUAAGAACUAGAGAAUCUGGUUGUCAUGUCUGUUAAACAAGUUGAUUAAGUUAUGGCAUCUAUCAUUUUAGAAAUUAUGUAACUGGUUAGUAUGCUGUAAUUAACAUAAGUAACAUCUCAUGACCUUGAACUGCUAAACGUGAGUUCUGAAAAGUUUUUGCUUUAUUAAAAUGCACAUUAGAAAUAGAAUCAUUCCCCUGUCUUAUGCUAAAACACAGGACUUAACUAGGUGGCCUAAGUUUUGAUCUGAAGAAACUUAGUGGAGAAACGUUGCCACGUUUGAAUAGA